UCAAUACAACAUUAGUGUUAAUUGUGAAGUUAUAAGCACACGCACCGCGGCCGAUCACGAGAAAAAUCCGACAGUAUUUUGUUUCAGCACCAUUUGUCCAAAAUAACAUAAUAUCAUGAAAGUUCUAUUUGUUUUGGCGCUGUUGAUUACAGCUGCUGCGUCUUUGCCACAAUUUGGUGGCCCUGGAUUUGGUGGUGGACUCGGCCGUCCAGUUUUUGGUGGCGGCUUUGGUAGUUUCGGCGGUCGUCCACCUUUUGGUGGUUUCGGCGGACCAGGUGGCCGUCCACCUUUUGGUGGUUUUAGCGGACCAGGUGGCAGUCCAGGUUUUGGUGUCGGCUUUGGUGGUUUCGGAGGUCCCGGAUUUGGUUUUUAAGGCUGAGGCAACGUUUAUUUUAAAAGAUGACAAUGAAUUUUUGGUUUGAAAUGUUUAUCCAUUUUGAAAUUAAAUUUAGUCAUAGUAUGUUUUUAGUUUUUUGUUGUAAUAAAAUAUUUUUGAAAAAAUCAA